AUGUCGACCGUACCGAUCAUUGAUUUUGGCCCCUUCCUCACUGGAUCUAUUGGCGAUCGCAAACGAACUGCGUCUGAAGUGGACGAAGCAUUGAGAACAAUCGGCUGCUUCAAUCUUCGGAACCAUGGCAUUCCUCAGAGUCAGGUUGAUGAAUGUUUCUCUUGGAGCCGACAGCUCUUCAGCCUCUCACAACACGAGAAAGAGACUCUCAGUCCCAAGCCUCAAUCAUUCGAACAAGGUUACUUUGGCAUGGAGAGCGAGAGGGUCCGCGGACGACCAUCCGUGAAAGAGAAUUUCGAUUUUGGCAAUCUAAAAGGCAAGCCAUUGGGUCCAUGGCCUGAUCAGCUGCAAGGAUUUCGUGGUUUUGCUACGGACUUUCAUCAGAACUGCUCUAGGCUGAUGAACCAACUGCUGGAAUGUAUGUCGAUUGCGCUAGGGCCGAAAGAAUCGCUCGGCCCAUACCAUACCGGCUCUAUGUUCACAUCAAGCCUGAUUCAUUACCCUGCCGUAUCCGCACGACUGAUUCAAUCGGGUGAGGUUGUUCGGAGCCCAGCCCACUCCGAUUUUGGCACCUUGACGCUUCUCUUUCAACGCGAUGUUGGCGGUCUUCAAGUCGCAGAUAUGAGUUCGACAGACAAGUUAUCCAGUGCUGCGGUCGAGCGUACCGGGACGUUCUUGGAUGUUGAACCGAAUCCUGAAACCAUUCUGAUUAAUGUAGGCUACUUGCUGAUGCGGUGGACCAAUGGACGGUGGAAAAACUCGGUGCAUAAGGUAGUGGGACCACCUUCAAGCAGGACAAGCACAGAAACUGUUGGAGACCAGGAGUUGAUUCCUGAAAGAUAUAGCAUUGCUUUCUUUGGCUUCCCUGACGCGGAAACAAAUGUUGAGUCCUUUGAAAGCUGCUACAGCGACCAAAAUCCAAAGAGAUGGAGUCCUUUAAAUGCAGGCACCUACCUUCGUAAAAAAAGGGAGGACGUGUAUUCUUAG